UUAACUGGUCGCGCCGCUAGCAGAACAAAAUCCAAUGUGAAAUCGAAUAAAAAAAUAAAUAAAAAAUAAACGUCUUCUGGAAAUUGAAAAAUAAACACUAAAUAAAAAAAAAUGAAGACUGUACCGAAUUUAACUUUUUCAAAAUUAGAUCCCGAAACGGGAGAAAUUUUGGAUAGAUUAUUUGAAAAGAAAGAUUGUAUGAUCGAAAUUAACCCGGGAAGAGUGAUUUUGCCAGCUGGAUACAUGGAUAUUGGGCAGGAUAUCAUGGAUAUGGAGGUAUUGGAUUCUGAUGUCUGGAUGUGUUCUUACCCGAGGACUGGAUCUACUUGGUGCCAAGAGAUGGUGUGGCUCAUUGGUCAUGAUCUUGAUUACGUGGGAGCCAAAUCGCUUCAGCAGAUCCGUUGUCCACUUGUGGAGUUAUCCUGCAUCUUGGUGGACGGGCACGGGCAGUGGCACGACGAGUACGUGAAGGGCACAUCAGUGGAUCUGGUGAAGUACCGCCUUCCGCAUCCUCGCUACAUCCGCAGCCAUCUGCCGUGGGAGCUGCUGCCUACUAGUAUUGAGAAGGAUGACGGUUCCGCCAGGGCAAAGGUGAUCUACACGUCCCGCAAUCCAAAAGACAUGGUAGUCUCGUACUACCACUACUGUAAAUUGGUGCACGCACUGAAAGGCACCUUUGAGGAGUUCUGCGAUAUCUUCAUGAGAGACCGCGCUCCGUUUGGGCCCGUUUGGAACCACAUCCUCGGUUUUUGGAACAGACGCAACGACCCCAAUCUCCUGUUCAUAAAAUUCGAGGAGAUGAAGCGUGACCUUCCAUCUGUGAUUCGGAAGACCGCAGCCUUCCUCGGAAAGACCCUCACCGACUCUCAGGUGGACAAGCUGUGUGAUCAUUUGUCUUUCCAGAAUAUGAAAAAGAACAGGGCUGUUAACUUGGAAGCCAUUCUUGAGAAAUCGUUUGGUAAAAGUUAUUUGGAGGAGACCACACUUAGAUUCAUAAGAAAAGGCGAGAUCGGGGACUGGAAAAAUUAUAUGUCGGACGAUUUAUCGCGACGUUUCGACCAAUGGGCUGAACAGCACAUUCAAGGCACCGGGCUCAGUUUCGAGUAAGAUAUUGAAUUACGGGUCUUGUAACUUUAAGAUAUCGAUAUACUCUCUAAUUUAGUUGUGUUAUGUAUUUGGUUAUACUGGCAUUUUUUUAGGCUAUUGCGUAGUGUUCUAACGCCAUCAUGUAACACUAGUGCAUUUUUUCUUUGGUAUGUGGAUUUUACAUAUCCUCAGAUUUGAACUUGGUUGACUGAUUACUACUGUGAUGACAGUCCUAGACAACUGCGCCAAUUGUUCCUAAACGAAGUACAUCGUACGCGUGGUAUAAUAAAGCCAUAUGUUGACAUACGUCAUACAUUACAUUUGACGUACGUGAAAAGUGUGUAAGCACAGACGGUAAAAAUUCUGCUGCCAGUGUCUCGAACAAAGAAUUUAUCUAUAGUUUCCAUAGAUAUGUUUGCUUGUUCCGUGUGGUAUCGAAACGCGAAUGGCAUGACAUAUUUGGCAACGUGAAUAAUCAGCGUGAUAGAAAAAAGGCCUCUAUUCAGAGUGCCUCGAACCGCUGCUUGGAAAUACGUACUGCAGUUGUUAAAGGUUAUUUUGUGUAUUAAAGCGCAUAGCCCGCCAUUUUUGAAUUGUUCACACCAAUAAUUAUAUUAAUAUUUUUAAUCUUGUUUUUUUUAAAUAGUCCUUAUUGUUAGACAUAAUCAUUAUUUGAUGUAUAAAAAAAAUGUCAUCAUACAUAUUAUAUACUUGAUAAAGUUAUGUUGUGUUGCUUUCUAUCAAUCCGAAUUCAUGGUUAAAAGCGGAUUGUUAAUGUUUUUCGCAUGUAAAUACAGAAUAAGUUAUUCCACUA